AUGGUAGAAAAUGUUGAUUUCUUCAAAUUUAUUGUAAUCGGGUCAACUGGUGUGGGAAAAACAUGCAUCAUGAAGCGCAUGACAGAGAAUGAAUUCAGAGAAAAUACACUAUCAACAACUGGAGUUGAAUUUGAUUCAACAAAAGUUGAUGUCGACGGAAAAGAAAUUCCGAUACAAAUAUGGGAUACUGCAGGCCAAGAAAGAUUUCGAUCUAUUUCUCGAGCAUAUUUUAGAAAUGCAAUAGGCGUUUUACUUGUUUUUUCUCUUACAGAUAAAGAAUCAUUCGAAGAAAUUGGAGGGUGGCUAAAUGAUGCUAGAACAUUAUGUUGUCAAGAUGCAGAAAUUAUGCUAAUUGGUAAUAAAUGCGAUAUUCCUGAUCAAAGAUUGAUUUCACUAGCAGAUGCACAAAAUUUCGCAGAUUCACGCGGAUUACAUUACAUAGAAACAUCAGCAAAAACUGGACAAAAUGUUCGAGAGGCAUUUUCCAGAAUUGCUUCCGAAGUUAUAAGAAAGCUUGAUAAGAAUAGCACGGAUAUUACUGGAAGGAAACUUACAGUUACUGAUGAUGAACCAAAGAAAGGUUGCUGUUAG